AUGUGGGACGCCGUGUGCUACAGUAAUCCGUUGGCUUAUUUGUGCUGUGAAAGCGAUUGGCCAAUGCCCUUCGAGUCACUUGUCGAUGGAAUGUGUCAAGAUUUGACUCCACUACCAAUAAAUCCAAUGGACUCCACCCUCAAUCAGACAACAACGAUCACCCCGUAUCAAAUGUAUCAAUACGCUUUGUGGCCUUUCGCUUUCACAUCAAACGAUGAAACUAGAGGAAGUGAAGGAUCAUCAUCACAAGACAAAGCCCUUUCUUGUACAGUUUGUGCGGAUGCAGCUGAGGGAUUUCAUUUUGGAGCGGUCGCAUGUGCUGCGUGUGGAGCUUUCUUCAGACGAUCAGUGUCGGAUCAAAAGGUUUACUCGUGCGCCCAUCGCAAGUGCAAUGUUCGCUUUGAUUCGGCAAAACGAGGUGGAAUCUGUCGGUACUGUCGCUUCGAGAAGUGUCUCUCUGUGGGAAUGUUGCCACAAGAAGUUCAAGCGAAAAGAGCCCGACGAAGCGAGGCGAGCUCGACGUCGAGCGCAUCGCCGAGACCGACGCCAGUCAAUCGUCGGAAAGGCGCCUCGGGCGUUUUGGAAAGUAUUGUUGCGUUGCGUCGCGAAAUCGCCUCGGCUAGGACACGAAUCUACAAUCAAGAAGAAGCCGAACCCGAGCCACAAUGCGAAGCACCUGAGCACUGGGCUCAACUCGGAUCGUGCCGUCUCCGCGAGCUUUUCCUCCUUUAUGUCUCUUUUGAGAUGGCUCUUUCCACAUCGACACAUGGAGGUGUACAAAUGGAUCGUUGUGCGUUAUAUGAUGGUUCAAACGUUGAGCUCACCGAGGAGUCACUGCGACAAUUUUUCGCCGAUGAUUCACACAAUCGAGACCCCGACUGCUUGACGAGGCUAUCCAUCGAAUUCUACGAUCACCUCGUGCGCGUGUGUUCUCGAUCGCUUCAGGCGGCGCAUUUGGACGAGAUGGAGAUCGCCUAUGUUUUCUAUGCCUGUUUAGCGCAUGCAGCACCUGCGCAAAAUGUGCCCCCACGACAAAUGUACGCCACAUUGGCGCGAGAGAUUGGCAAUUAUUAUGAAACGGGCGGAGCUGAGGUGGGCGUGAAGAUGGGCGGAUUGUCUCUCCUUUUGUCCCCAUUAUUCAUCAAUUUAUUUCAUCUCAAAGAAUUCACGACCGUCGUUGAGUUGCUCGGAGGGACAUGGAUGCCACCUCAA